UAGCAUAUAAAUAAGCAUGAAUUUACAGGUCCAACAUCAGGCUCUUCUGACACUUGUCUUCUCUUCCUCAGCCCACCAUGGAGUUCCUGGGAAUGACCACUAUUUUCUUGCUGCUCUGCAUCUCAUGCCUUCUUCUCUUUGCCUCAUGGAAAAACAUAUCGCAAAAAGAGAAGCAGCCUCCUGGUCCCAUCACACUCCCCAUUGUUGGAAACAUACUCCAGCUGAAUGCGUGGAACUUGCCUGAAAGCUUGAAGAAGCUCAGCAAGAAGUACGGUCCUGUCUUCACAAUAUAUUUAGGCCCACAAAAGGCUGUGGUGCUGUAUGGCUAUGAAGUUGUGAAAGAAGCCCUGAUUGAUCAGGCAGAUGACUUCAGCGGAAGGGGCAAUCUACCACUGCUUAAAAAACUCUUCCAAGGCACAGGCAUUGUGGCAAGCAAUGGGGAGACCUGGAAGCAGCUCCGACGAUUUGCACUCACCACCUUGAGGGAUUUUGGGAUGGGGAAGAAGAGCAUCGAGGAGCGAAUCCAGGAGGAAGCUCAUUUUCUAGUGGAGAGGAUCAGGAACACACAUGAGCGACCCUUCAACCCUGGCAACUUCCUAGUCCAUGCUGUUUCCAACAUCAUCUGCUCCAUCGUCUUUGGGGAUCGGUUUGACUAUGAGGACAAGAAAUUUCUAACUUUAAUUGAGUUGCUAGAUGAAAACAGCAGGCUCCAGAACUCUAUACAAAUACAGUUAUACAAUUUCAUCCCAACUAUCAUGGAGUAUUUACCUGGGCCUCAUCAAAAAAUGAUAAAAAAUACUGAAAAAGUUCAUCAAUUUACUUCAGAAAUCAUAGCGGAACACCAGGAAACCCUGGAUCCCACUUGUCCUCGAGAUUUUAUUGAUGCUUUUCUUAACAAAAUGGAACAGGAGAAAGGGAACGGUCACUCAGAAUUCACCGUUGAGACCUUGAGCAGAACCACGCUCGACUUGUUCCUUGCAGGAACAGGGACCACCAGCACCACACUGAGAUAUGGACUUCUGAUUCUCCAGAAAUACCCAGAGAUAGCAGAGAAAAUGCAAAAGGAGAUUGAUUGUGUCAUUGGCCGAGACCGAAGCCCCUGCAUGGCAGAUCGGAGCCAGAUGCCCUACACAGACGCUGUGGUCCAUGAAAUCCAGAGAUUCAUCGAUUUCCUUCCACUUAAUGUCCCACAUACUGUGAUCAAAGACAUCAAGUUCAGAGACUAUUUUAUCCCCAAGGACACUAUGAUAAUCCCUAUGCUGACUUCCAUCCUACAUGAUAGUAAGGAAUUUCCAAAUCCAGAAAAAUUUGACCCAGGACAUUUCCUGAAUGCAAAUGGUACCUUUAAAAAGAGUGACUACUUCAUGCCAUUUUCUGCAGGAAAACGCAUCUGUGCAGGAGAAGGUCUGGCCCGGAUGGAGCUAUUCAUAUUUUUAACAGCUAUCCUGCAGAACUUUACUUUGAAAUCUGUUGUGGAUCACAAGGACAUUGACAUUUCCCCAUUAGUCAGCGCUCUGGCAAAUAUGCCCCGACCUUAUGAGCUCUCCUUUCUUCCACGUUAGCCAAGCGAAGACAGUUGCCAGCUCCCAAACUCAUGAAAGCUCUGGUUGAAUGACAGUAAUUUCCCAAUCUGUUAAGACUGAAACACUCAGAUCACUUGCUAGAUACUUUAUGGAGAGAAACGUGCUUAGAAAAGAAAAUCGUAUGGUGCUUUUAUAAUCACCACAGCCAGCUCUAAACAGAAACAAAGUAGGCAAUUGCAUAGGGAAGGAGACAACUGCCUGUGCAAAAUUAUGCAGGUUCUCCUCUGCACCUGCCUCACCUAGCUCGGGCUCCUAUCUGGCUCCUGACGUCCUGACAUGUCAGGGUGUGUGGACUAGUGUUCUGAGAGCCCUGCUGCUACUGUCCAUAUCACUUGAUCCUCUCAGCACAGCAGGAACAGACACUUGUACUCCAGGGUUUCCACAGACUCUGCUUGCGGUACCUCUCUCCUCUGUAUUUUCAAUUUGUUUGUGACCUGUAUGUAAAGGUAAGCAUAAAACAGUGGGGUUUUUUUCUGUUAGAAGACAAUCAUCUACUGUAUUCUUGCCCCAAUACAUAUUGUCUCCUGUGGUGGGGAUGGAGUUUAUCAAUGACUAGGCAGAUGGGUCCUCUCCUGUGUGAUCAUAAUGAAGGUUUGUGAAAUUACAAUUUAUAUUGCGAAAUAAAGUAGUAGUACACUGAA